CCGGGGCCGGGAGCUGGGCCCGGAGCUGCGGCCGCGCCGCCGCCAUGCUGCAGAAGCGGGAGAAGGUGCUGCUGCUGAGGACCUUCCAGGGCCGGACGCUGCGCAUCGUGCGGGAGCACUACCUGCGGCCCAGCGUGCCCUGCAACAGCCCGCUGUGCCCGCAGCCCGCCGCCUGCCGCAACGAGGGGAAACUCUUGUCUGGUGAUGUGACUCAUUACAUGAUCCCCGAUUGGAAAGUUGUUCAAGAUUACCUCGAGAUCCUUGAGUUUCCUGAAUUAAAGGGAAUUAUUUUCAUGCAAACAGCUUGUCAAGCUGUGCAGCAUCAAAGAGGCCGGAGACAGUAUAAUAAAUUGCGAAACCUCCUGAAGGAUGCGCGUCAUGAUUGCGUUCUCUUUGCUAAUGAAUUCCAGCAAUACUGCUAUCUCCCUCGGGAAAGAGGAGAAUCCAUGGAAAAGUGGCAGACCAGGAGCAUAUACAAUGCAGCCGUUUGGUACUACCACCACUGCCAGGACAGGAUGCCCAUCAUUAUGGUGACAGAAGAUGAAGAGGCAGUUCCACAGUAUGGAAGUGAAACGGAAGGAGUGUUUGUGAUUUCUUUCAAGAAUUACCUGGACAAUUUUUGGCCUGAUUUAAAAGCCGCCCACGAGCUUUGUGACUCUAUCCUUCAGUCUCGGCGGGAAAGAGAGAAUGAGAGUCAGGAGAGCCACAGGAAGGAGUACCCUGAACAUCUUCCCCUGGAAGUGUUAGAAGCUGGCAUUAAGUCCGGACGCUAUAUCCAGGGAAUUCUGAACGUCAACAAACACAGAGCACAAAUAGAAGCUUUUGUGCGACUUCAAGGAGCCAGCAGUAAAGAUUCAGGUUUAGUUAGUGACAUCCUCAUCCACGGGAUGAAGGCUCGAAACCGCUCGAUUCAUGGAGACAUGGUGGUUGUGGAACUGCUUCCUAAAAGUGAAUGGAAAGGAAGAACCGUUGCCUUGUGUGAGAAUGACGGUGAUGACAAGGCCACAGGGGAGUCCCCAAGUGAGCCCAUGCCCACAGUUUGUGGCGAGACUCAGUGA